CACACUUCAGAGUGAGAGCAGCCUGUUUCACAUGGGUAGAGGGAGGAAGCACCAGUAUUGCUUUACUCUCAUUUUUUGAUGGGAAUUUCCAGACUAUCUCAGAUUCCUUCGUGCUGUCCGGCUGGCAUGUAGAAACUUAACAAAGUGGUGACAGAGAAGAGCAAUAUGAAAAAGCCACGGGCCAGAAAUCUCCUCUCAGCUUUCUGUCUCCUUGCUAGCCUUUUUACCAUAGCUUGUGUGAACAGCGACAUCAUUGGAAUUAUUGGAGAGGAAGUGAUGCUGCCCUGUCCUUGCGACUCAAAGAUGGACCCGGAUCAACUGUACCUCUACUGGCAAAUACACGAAACAGUGGUAGAUACCUUUAUUAAAGGAAACACAUCUAGGUCUCACCAGAAUAUAGCGUAUCACAACAGAACCAGGCUGUUCGUCAGAGAAAACAAAACCUGCUCUCUCCUUCUUUCCCAACUAUCUGUAAAGGAUGAAAACAGAUAUGAAUGUCACUAUGGCAGACAGGAGAUGCAUAUGCUUCGGGUCGAUGUUUCUUUGCUUGUAGCUGCUAACUACACGUCUCCAGUGCUGCAAGCCCCAGGUGAACAGACUAGGGGGCGCUACACCUGCACUGCCACUGGAGGAUUCCCAGCAGCCACCAUUCACUGGCUCCUGGAUAACCAGUCCACGCCCUGGAACCCGGAGACGCCACAGAUUGUGCUGAAUGAGUCUACUGGUCGCUACAGCGUCACCAGCACGCUAGCUGCCAAUAUCUCCCAGUACUCCACUCUCACCUGCAUUGUAGAAAACAAGAGGCUGCAGGUCAAUCUUUCUCAAGCAUUAAAUUCUCACAGUACUCAAGAUACCCCACAGAACCACACAGUCAUUCCUGUUGCGCACACAUCAUUACUGUUGCGGUAUUAUCUUACUGUGUUGUUACUGGUGUGGUCUGUCUUGGCAUAACAAUGAUGAGAAGAUAUCUGGGAACUUCACAAAAGAUCGAGCGUCACACUGAUACUGUGGUAUAAGGAAAGCAAUGAUGGAAACAGCAAUGUGUUGAAAAAAAAUGCUGUUUUGGAACUCAUCGUUUAGACUGUUCCUCAUGAGAGACAUCAGACAAUUGUGCAAUCCUGGAUACAGAAACCUUUGCCAACGAGUGCCUUUAUAACCCUUGUUUCCUAGUCUGUCAUAUCUGCAGUCCAUUGUCAAUGAAACGCAUCAGCAACAGGGCGAUGCAAUGCUAUACAGCCGGACCCACUUAACACACUUCAAAGGGACGGAGCAUACAUUGUGAGAAAAAGCAGAGUGACAUCGGCAGCAGAUCAUCAAUAACCUAUCAAACCAAACAACCACGUACACAUUUAAACCAGUUUGAGUUCUCUUCAAAGUCCUCGUACCGCCUGUAUAUAUUCUUUUUGGAGUAGAAGCCACCAGGGAGAGUUGUGAUAGGCACUCAAAACUGAAUUCCUGUUUUUAAUAAUCUUUAACAUCAUUGACGGCUGCGAAGAAAAUGUUAGUUUCUUUGAACGUUUAAAUAUUUUAGUUUCUGAGACUUAAUUUUAAUCUGCAAUGGUCAAAAUCCCCACUGAACCAACAAUCUCCCAUUGUAUUGUGGUAGGAACAUUUCAUUGUGAUGAUAAUAAGCUGGGAGUGAUAUUAACCGGAACGAUACUAAACAAGCUUGACUGUAUUAGAAAUGUCAUGAAUUCCACUUGAGGGAUUCACCAGUCCUGUGAAGAACACACCAAUUGUUUGUCUUUGUAUUUCUCAAGCACUGUAGAUGAGAUUCCUCUGCUGAGUACCUGUUUAUUUCAUCUCUGAUCUAAUGAAUGUGGGAAUCCUCAGUAUAUAUUUACCUUGCUGUGCUCGCUGUAGUUAAGAUCCGUCUCUUCCAUAAUGUAAUCACAGUUGAAUCCAGUGAAUGAACACCUGGUCCAGUGCCAAGAUACGUCAAUGUUAAACUGCUUUGCAGCUGCUGUAAAGGUUGCACAAAGUUUAAUGUAAACAGUGAAACUCCACUAUGUGUAUUGAGACUCAUGUUGCCAGGACAGUCAUCAAGAAACAACUAUACACAAACUGUUUAUGUUUCAUCAUUAGUCUACAAAUGGAGCGGAGUACACAUGUUGCUUCAGUAGCUAUAUUAACUAUUCAACUCAGUCUUACAUCCAGGGUUAGCACUGCAUAAGGGAUACCCAUACUUCUGUAGCAGUCUGCACUCGAAGAACAGAAAGGGCAUUACUGCCAUUUAUCGUUGUCAGUUCCUGUAGGUAUUAUUUAGGAAAUGCCAUUAUCGCGGUCCUGGAGUUGGCUUCCCAUUUUUACUGUCUAAUUGUUAGCUGCAGUAUACAUAUGCACUUAGAA